GCCCCGCCCCCACGGAGAGCGGGAACCCCAGCCGGCCUCGCCGUCCUCCGCCGCCAUGCGCGCGCUGGUGCUGCUGUGGGUCUGCCUGGCGCUCCGGGCUUCUGCCAGCUUCCUGACCUGCCCCAAGGAGAUGAGUGGGUUCGAGGGCGACUCCGUGACCCUGCGGUGCACGUACGGGAGGGAGCUCCGCGCGCACACCAAGUACUGGUGCAAGGAGGUCGGACUCUUCAUUUCCCGCUGCUCCAGCAAAAUCUUCGUGGGAGAGAACCGCCCGGAGGCCACGGAGGGCCGCGUGUCCAUCCGGGACGACCCCCAAGAACUGGCGCUCACGGUGACCCUCAGGGACCUCGUGAAGAAGGAUGCCGGGGAGUACUGGUGCGGGGUCCAGAAGCUGGGCCGGGAUGAGGAGUUCCGGGUUUCCCUGACUGUCUUCCCAGGAGCAGAAAGACCCGGGGCAACCACCAGGGCCUGCUGCCCGUCCUCCCCCGCCCCCUCCUUCCGGCCCCUUCCGGCCACCACUGCCAGUCUGCAGCCCAGGGCGGGAGCCCGGCCCCCGCAGCCCCCUGAACCGACUUCUCCUGACUGCCGUCCAACAGUUGCCACCACCCAGCAGGGCCACGGUAGGGUGGAGGCCUCACCACACACAGAGACGGCCACCUCACGCCACACAGCUACCCCGCGCCGCAGGGCCACCUCUCCUCAUGCUGCGGCUGCGUCUCCUCCCGCAGGGAGCUCCCGCCCCGCCACGGUGCCUGACGCCUCCUCCCCAACAGGGGACCCUGGUCCCGUCUCCGGCAGCCUCAGUUCCAUGUCCAGCAUGCACAUCCCCGCGGCCCGCCUGCUGGCCCCAGUCCUGGUGCUCCUGUCUCUCCUGCUGGCCACAGGUCUCAUUGCCCUAGGCACCCACUUGCUCCGGGGCCGGAAGUCAGCUCUGCUGGCCUCGGGGACACAGAGGGACAAGAAGGUCCACCUCCCGGCCAUGCCGCUGAUGAGCAGCUGGGUGCCUGAGGACACCGUGGUCACCCCUCCCGGAUACCCCAAGCCUCUUGCCAGCUCCUCCCCAGGCUCCACCAUGGAGAGCCACUGCCUGAGCCAGGCCCGAGGACAGGAGGAAACCCCCUCGCAGGGCCCCGAGGCGGAACAUGGCCCUGCACAGUGGCCAGCAUCAGAGGAGCUGAGCCAUCCGGAGUUCACCUCGGGGUAGCUGCGGACGCCAGGGGCCACUGGGCAGCUGACCUCGCUUGAGCGCUUGCCCGCCCCCCCCGCCCUCCCCAGCUCCUGGGGCCGCUGCACCGAGCAACAUCCCCGACCCUUUGUUAUUUUGAGGCGGGGUCUUGCUAAAUGGCUACGUUGUCCAGGCUGGGCCUGAAUUUACACCCCUCUUGCCUCAGCCUCCCAAACGCCUGAGAUCAUGCUGGGCGCCACACUCCCUUCUGUGUGGCCCCAGCUUGGCCAGGAGGCCAGGACUCGGCUGUGUGCCCUCACUGGGCAGGCGGCACUUGGCAGUUGCUGAACGUCUCCCCUCUGAGAAACCCCUGUGCCUGGGACUGCCACCCCCUUCUCCCCUCCAGGGACCUCGGACCAGCACGGGGUGAGCCCUGACUUCACAGGAUGAGGCUGUGAGCCCCCGCACCUGUCCUUGGGGAUGCUGAGCCCCAGCAAGACUCCCAAAACCAUCUCCAGGUUGGGCCAGGAUUCUACUGAAUGCACGUCUCCACCCUGGGCAGGGAACCCCAGACUGCCAGCUUGGGGGGUCCAUGCUGGGGCCCAGUGGCUUCCUGGGGCAGGGACGAAGAGGACCAGUCUGUGCCCUGGAAGGUGGCAUCAAGAAGCAGAGCAUAUAUAU